AGCAGAGGUCUAGUCAUCCACAUAAUUUUAGAUAGAGAGGGAAAGGGAGGAGUAUGGCUGAAGCAGUGGGGUGGAGCAGCCUGAUCAGGUCAGCCUCCCAUCUCACCACCCGCCUAUCACGUCCCCACCGCACGACGCAAUCCACCACCACCACCACUCUCCGCCCCCGAGAUGGAAUACGUUGCAAAGCUGUGGAGAUUGGAAUAGCAGCACCGCCAGCAACAGAGCCUGCUAAAAGGAAGAGCAUAAACAAAUACGAAAUAGAAAACCUGACGACGUGGCUACUGAAGCAGGAACAAGCAGGCCACAUCGAUGCCGAGCUCACCAUAGUCCUCUCCAGCAUCUCCUUGGCCUGCAAACAGAUCGCCUCACUCCUCCAACGCUCCAGCAUCUUCAACCUCACCGGAGCUCAUGGCACCAUCAACAUCCAAGGCGAGGAUCAGAAGAAACUCGACGUCAUCUCUAAUGAGUUGUUCUGCAGCUGUCUCAGAUCCAGCGGGAGGACUGGUAUUAUAGCAUCCGAAGAAGAAGACGUGCCAGUUGCAGUCGAAGAGACCUAUUCCGGCAAUUACAUUGUAGUUUUCGACCCCAUUGAUGGCUCUGCCAAUAUCGAUACUAGCAUGACUACAGGCUCCAUUUUCGGAAUCUAUGGCCCCGACAAGCAAUGCCUCGUCAACCUAGACGAUGAUUCCACGCUCGACCAAGAAGGCCAGGAGUGCGUAGUCAGCGUCUGCCAGCCAGGGAGCAACCUUUUGGCUGCAGGGUAUUGCUUGUACUCGAGCUCCGUUGUUUUCACACUCUCCAUAGGGAGAGGAGUGUAUGCUUUCACCUUAGACACCGCCUACGGUGAAUUCGUGCUGACCCAUGCAAACAUCAAGAUUCCAAAUGCUGGUAGAAUCUACUCCUUCAAUGAAGGCAACUAUGAUCUUUUUGAUGCCAAACUGCAGAAGUAUCUAGAUGACUUGAGGAAACCUGGGCCCAAUGGGAAGCCGUAUUCAGGCCGUUAUGUAGGUUGUCUGGUUGGUGAGAUUCACAGAAUGCUGCUGGUGGGGGGAAUCUAUGGGAAUCCAGACAACAAAAACAGCAAGAAUGGUAAUCUGAGGUUGUUGUAUGAAUGUGCACCCAUGAGCUAUUUGGUGGAGCAAGCUGGGGGGAAGGCAAUAGAUGGAAAACAACGAAUACUGGAUAUCAAGCCUGAUCAGAUACAUCAACGCACUCCAAUAUACAUUGGGAGCCCGGAUGAGAUUGACAAGUUGGUAACAUACUUGUCUGAGAAAUAGUGUUAUUUUGUAUGAGAUGAGAACCAAAUCCAGACAAAAGAUAUUUCAUUCAUGCAUUGUUGAUUAACUUCUUUCCUAUA